AAGCCAGUACAGGCGGUCCUCCAAGCGGAGCAGCAGAGAGGCUUCUCAGUGUACAGUGAGCCUCCUCCCCGUGAUUUUAACCUGGUGGCAUAGCAGUGAUUGUCAUCAUGUCUUACGCCUACUUAUUCAAGUAUAUAAUAAUCGGUGACACAGGUGUGGGAAAGUCCUGUCUUCUCCUUCAGUUCACAGAUAAAAGGUUCCAGCCAGUCCACGACCUGACCAUCGGAGUUGAGUUUGGAGCACGAAUGAUAAAUAUUGAUGGGAAGCCGAUCAAACUGCAGAUAUGGGACACGGCUGGACAGGAAUCAUUUCGCUCCAUAACCCGGUCAUAUUAUCGAGGGGCUGCAGGAGCUCUACUAGUAUAUGACAUCACCAGGCGGGAGACAUUUAGCCACCUAACCUCUUGGUUAGAAGAUGCUCGCCAACACUCCAGUUCAAAUAUGGUAAUCAUUCUGAUUGGAAACAAAAGUGACCUUGAGAGCCGUAGAGAUGUAUCGAGGGAGGAAGGAGAAGCGUUUGCUCGGGAACAUGGACUCAUAUUUAUGGAAACCUCUGCCAAAACUGCAGCCAAUGUGGAAGAGGCUUUUAUUGGUACAGCCAAAGAAAUAUACAAAAAGAUCCAGCAGGGACUGUUUGAUGUGAAUAAUGAGGCAAACGGCAUCAAGGUUGGACCUCAGCAGUCGAUAAAUGAGCCCUUGGGAGGUGGAUCUCGACAGAGCCAAGCAGAAGGUGGAAGAACCUCUGGGUGCUGCUGAGUCUAAUCUAAUAAGCAAAAUAGAAGGAUUGAAGGGUCCAAAUCAAAGCUUAUCAAGUCUGUUACCUGUCCCCCCAUGCCUUGUUGUGUGUUUUUUUUAUUUAUUAUCAUUCAUUGCACUCAUUUAUUGCACAUAUAAAAGGGAAUUAUUUUUAUUUUUUAUGAGAAGUUCGGUUUUAGUUUCUUGUUCUUUGCAUUUAAAAAUCUCAAACACCUACAAAUGAAAAGUGGGGUCUGUAUGUAAUAGUGACAAUAAGAAACUGGCGAGCAUGGCCUAUCUUGUGUAGGAUUGUCAAACCCUUCUUGGUGGGGUGUGUAUGCUUGUAGCACAAAAGAUAAAAUCCAAACAUCUCUAGUCUGUGCCUUCAGCCCUCACCAUCUAAGUAAAACAUCAUACAAGCACAGAUAUGAAAACUGUAGUCUAAUUGCUAUAUAUAUAUAUAUAAAUAUAUAUAUAUAUAAUUGCAAUAUGCACAGGUUUGUUAGAAUGUUAUUUAGUAGUGCUAAUGACAACUUUUUAACAAUUAUCAUACAUUAUAUACAACAUUUAAAGUACAACUUUUGUGAAAUGAGACAUGAAGCUUGCAUUACAAAUCCUAAAUCAUGCUUGCCAAACUGCUAGUGAAUGUAUAAAUAAAAGAAUAAUACUUUCAUCCACAGAUUUCCUAGCACAAUACACAGGUGAAAGUUUACUUCUGUAGCUGAGGCAGACCUUGUCAUCUGAUGGAUUGACAUGUCCACUUUUAGUGCAUAGGACUACUUUUUAUUCAUAGGUGUCGGUCAACCUAUAAGAACGCUUUAAAUCAAGUAUUAUUGAGCACUUGCAUUAAAAGUAUCUUUAAAUGGAUAUGGUCAUAAUUCCUGUAGAUGUUUUAACGCUUCAUGGGAAGUCUCAGCGAUUGCAGCACACUCAGAAAUUCAAAUAUACCACUGUCUUAUUUAUUGAGUUAUUAUGUUUACAAAGGGGAAAAAAGGGGUUUGGAUAAAAUAAAAACGAUUUCCAUUUUAGGCUUUUAGUGCUUACAUGUGCUGCAAAUGCAUAAUGUCCUCUGUAGGCGAAUCAUUCUUAAUUGUGUUUUUAUAAUUUACAGAUGAUUUGAAUGAAUCUACUUGUAUUUAUUAAGCAUAGAAGGUACCAUGAAGUAAAGCAUUAUAUCUUAAUUUUUUGGUUGCCAAUGAAAAUGUGUUAAUAAACUUUUUCCCAUAUUAUGAAGAA